UUUGAUGCGAUUCCAAAUAAGUCCGGUAACGAUAUUUCGAAAAGAAUGAUUUAAAUGUUUAAAACUCAUGUUAUUUUUUUAUGGAGUUUGUGAAAAACUCCUUUGAUGCUUCUGAAGAAUGGAAUUUUGCAGAUUUUUCUUAUUUUUCUGAGACUCAAAUAGCUGAUAAAAAUAAAAUUACAAAAUUAAAUGGUUUUAUUACCGACGUUAACGAUUCAUGUGCAAACUCAAACGAAGUAAAGGAACUAUCUUCUAGUAUCUUUACUACUGCUGAGAAAAAAAUAGACAAUUCUUUUUCUGGUUUUAGUACAAAUUUAAUUAGUAACGGAAAUCAAUGCUCAAUUUUUAAUUUGAGGCAGAUAUUAAAAGAGUGUUUUUUAUUGCCAUUUAAUACAUUAAAUGGAGAAAAUGUUAAUCAAUGUAUAGAACCAAGGUGUAUUGAGUCCCCACUUUAUAUUUCAUUAAAUUGUGAACUUCAUGAUCCAGUUAAAUCUUGUGAAACACAAUAUUAUAAAGUUGCUGUAAAAAGUUUGUUAUCUAACUUGCAAUCACCGAAUGGAAAUGUGUCUUGGUUAACAGACCUUAAAUUAAAAAAAUAUGGAGUUUUUAAUUCAAUCUUUGAUUUUCAUUCCAAUGAAAAUGACGUUCAGCAUUUUCGUAACCAUAAAAUUUGUGAUAAAGAAGUAAAUAUGGAUGAAAGUUCUCAUAAUAUAUGUAAUGUAGAAAAUGUUUGCUUUGCCACAGCUGUUUCUAAUGAAAGUAACAAGUUUAAAGAAUUAUCAAAUGAGUUAGAGUUGAAAUCGUUUGAUGAUCUUCAUUCGUUAAUUGAAUCACUAACAUCUCAAGUAAAAAUCAAUUCAGAAAUAUUGCUACAAGAAUUAACUAUUAGAGAACAACUUUCAAGACAUAACGAACUACAAAAUACUUUUAUUGCUACAUAUAUGAAUGUAGAAAGAAAGAUAGCUGAAAUUAACAAAUCAAGAAAGAAAAAAAAUCGAUUUGUAUUUAUCAAGUAUGCAGAUGAACAAAAUAAGAAUGGCGAUAUUUCAAUUCCUUAUUUAAAAAACGAAGGAGGGCCUACAUCUUCGAGCUUACUUCUAAUGACCAAAGUUUUACAAGGAAUUGAAAGAGAUGAUGAAAAUGUUCCAAAACUUAUAAGUGAAUACAUAUUAAACAUUGGCAGUGAGUUUGAUUUAAAGACUGAGUUAAGAAUUUCUCAAUAAAACGUGUAAUGCAUCUGCACACAAAGUACAAAGUGAAGAUAUUUAUAUGAAAGUGAAAAUAUUUAUAUGAAAGUAAAGAUAUUUAUAUAAAACUUAAUUGAAAAUUAAUGCAUACAACGCUUUACUUAUGUUUGAUAAUUUCUUGAUCUUUAAUUUUUAUUCUCACUAUUAUAAAGGUUUAUUAAAUUUUCCAAUUAAAAUUUUUU